AUGUCUCUGUCACAGGUAACUGGAAUAGCCUCUAGCAUGCUCAUAUUCUCUCACAGCUUUUAUAGUGAUUCAAUUAACCAACUUAUUCUAAGUAUCGAUUUCUGUCAAGUUGUACAAAUAUUCUAUCCUCAUUCCCUUCAACUCAAUCCUUCUAAAUUCCCUGGCGUGGACCCCGACGACUGCCCCUUGAAGGAAAAGAGACGAAACCCAAACUGCCAGGUACGGAAUGCAGAACUAACCGAACACAAGCAGCACUGGUGGUGGAAAGCUAACUUCGUGUUCGAACACAUGGCUUGGUUGCAUCUAUAUAAAGCACCCAUCAUUUUCCUAGAAGAGCACAGUUACGUCGCUCCGAGCUUACUACUCAUAUAUCAAUAUGCAGUAAAGGCGUUUAGCUACUACCCUCACACUGAAGUCCUUUCCUUCGGAAGACCGUUGACGAGAAAUGUUGAAAUGGAUCUGUUGACUAUAGAGCCUUGGCGACCGCCGUUCGACGUAGGCUUGGCUUUUAAUAAGACAACGUGGAGGAAGAUGGUCUCCUUCUCAGCUCAGUACUGUAUGUACGAUGACAGCAGCUGGAGUUAUUCUUUGUUGAACUUAUUCCGAAUGUUCCCCAAGAGCCACGUGAGCAUGAUAGGAUGUGUGACGCCUAGAGUGUUAAGCACUCGACACUUUAAUAACAUAGAAGAAAGUUUUAAAAGAUAUACCAAAAUGUUUUCUACUUUGGACGUCUACCCUAAAAAAGUCAAAACUGUGUUUCUUUUCGGUACUGACGGAAUUGUUGAAAACUUAUACAAGGAACCACCUUCCGGUAACGGCGGCUGGAGUGAUCUGCGAGAUCAAGUAUUAUGCUUGGACCCGCUCGUGAGUACGACAACUGUGGAACCACGUUACUAUGACAACUAA